AUGGCGCUUCUGCGGUGCUUCCUGCUGCUGUGCGGGGUCGCCGAUGUCACCAGAAGUUUGAGUAUCACCAGUCCUGACCACAUGAUUGAAAAGGCCAAAGGGGAAACUGCCUACCUGCCCUGCAAGUUUACGCAAGGUCCGGAAGACCAGGGGCCGCUGGACAUCGAGUGGCUGCUGUCCCCCGCCGACAAUCAGAAGGUGGACCAAGUGAUUAUCUUAUAUUCUGGAGACAAAAUUUACGAUGACUACUAUCCAGACCUGAAAGGACGAGUACAUUUUACAAGCAGUGACCUCAAAGCUGGGGAUGCGUCCAUAAAUGUGACCAAUUUACAGCUGUCAGACAUCGGCACAUACCAGUGCAAAGUAAAAAAAGCCCCUGGCGUUGGCAAUAAGAAGAUUCAGCUGAAAGUUCUUGUUAAGCCUUCGGGUACAAGAUGUUACGUGGAUGGGUCAGAAGAAAUUGGGAAUGACUUUAAACUGAAAUGUGAACCGAAGGAAGGUUCGCUUCCAUUGAAUUAUGAAUGGCAGAAAAUGACCAACUCACAGAAACUGCCCACGGCGCUGAUAUCAGAAAUGACGUCCUCUGUGAUCACUGUCAAAAACGCCACCACUGACUACUCCGGGACGUACAAGUGCACAGUCAGCAACCGAGUGGGCUCUGACCAGUGCGUGCUGCGCCUGGAUGUCGUGCCUCCAUCAAACAGAGCUGGGACAAUUGCCGGAGCCAUCAUAGGAACUCUGCUUGCUCUCAUGCUCAUCUGCGUGAUCAUCUUUUGCUGCCACAAAAAGCGCAGAGAGGAAAAAUAUGAAAAGGAAGUUCAUCAUGAUAUCAGGGAAGAUGUGCCUCCUCCCAAGAGCCGGACAUCCACUGCCAGAAGCUACAUCGGCAGCAAUCACUCAUCUCUGGGAUCCAUGUCUCCUUCCAACAUGGAGGGCUAUUCUAAGACUCAGUAUAACCAAGUACCAAGCGAAGAUUUUGAACGCGCUCCUCAGAGUCCAACUCUCCCACCCGCCAAGUUCAAGUACACUUACAAGACUGAUGGCAUUACAGUGGUGUAA